AUGAUUCGAUACCUAUCCCUAGUUAAGACCCAUUCGUUAAUCUAUUUACCAUUUCACCAAACCACUCGCUAUAUUAAUUUCAAGGUAGGUUACUCAAAAGACGUGAGAUGGUUAGAUUCUCUCAAUGACAAGUGGAAUGAUUACGCCAAUUUUUUCGUUGGUGGCUUUCUCGAAGUUAUCUAUUCAAUAAAUGAUAGGACAUAUGCCCAAAUUGACGCUAAGCUAAUUGAUUACGAUGUAAGGUUUCGCCAUCUGAAUCACCAAACUUCUAUAACAACAACUCCAAGGAAACAAGUUAAUACAUUUGCACUGAGAAGAAAUGAAUCGGCUUCAAAAUCUGUUUUUAGCCCAAGAACAAGUUUGAUAAUUAUAGAUGAUACACAAGAAUUUGACGACUCUAACAAGAGAAAUUUGAUCAUUAUUGAUGAUGAUGAAUCAGCCAUCCAACCUACUACUGAUAACGAUGAACUAUCCAAGUUCGUCUCUUAUUACAAAAAAUUUAAAGAAUCUGAGAAGCAAGAUCAAUCAUCAAGAACGACCUCUUCUACAACUCAUUCAUCUCCCACUCCUACCUAUAGAUUACAAAAACGCAAAUUAUCGGAUUUAUGUAAUUUAGAAGAAUCCGAUAAUGAUCCUGAUAACGAUCCUAAUGAUCUUGCUAACAAUCCUGCGAUCCUGAAUGUACAUAUUAUAGAAAAGGAAGUGGUAGAGGCGGGAGAGGCGGAAGAGGCGGAAGUGGUGGAAGAGGAAUAUCAAGUUGAAAGUGAUAGUAAUACUAUUGAAAGUGAUAAAGAUACUGAUAUAAGCGAUGAAGAAGAAGACUCAAUUGCAAUAUUUUCAAGAAAGACACAUGUACAAGAAAUUCAUUAUGCCACUCUUUAUUAA